GCUGCUGUGCAAAGUGUCACACAGAUGCAUAUUCCACUCUAGAGCCAAUCCAUUUCGCUGCUUUCGGUUGUUGACCUCAUCGUUAAGCAUGUCUUUCUCAUUUGUUUGUUUAUCAUUUUUCUUCCGUUAGCUUUACCUUCAGCAUCGAAUAUCGUGUAUAGUAAAUGUUAUGGUAUCAAAUGCAGUCGUUGCGAUCACAACUCUGGGCAAGCAUGAAUAUUCUAAAAACCCAUCUGAAGUUCAUGUUACAAAGCGAUUUUAUUAAGAGAGAGCAAGCGUGCGCUCUCGAAAUAGAAAGAAGAAGAAAACGAAACAGUUUGCAUUUGUAAUUUAUUGCAGUGAUGGUUGAGAGAAAGAGUAGAAAAAAGGCACAUCGUCAACAAUCGACUUUUUGGUUUGUUUUACUAAACCGCGAUGGAUCUAUGGAAAGAACAUUCAUGUUACUCGAUUUGCCUUUCUCUUCUCGCGACUGUUCUUUUUAUUUUUUUUUAUUGUAGAGUGAGAAUACCAGUUCGCAGCAGCUAAACCAGCUUAUGCAAUGUAACCGUUCUUUUUUGCGACCUUUUCUUUGUGUAUUCUUGCUUUACACAUUUCUUCGUUCUUUAUACGCGACGAUUUGGCCGUUCUCCGAGUAGCAAAUAGUGAUCAACUUUUAGUCAUCGCUUACUUUCCGUUCGAAUCAGUUGGCCUGUGGAUUUUGCAACGAGAGAAAAAUCAGUUUUGAUAUCAUUGUUCGUUGAAAAUGUGUAAAUUCAAUCAGAAUUUGUUUAUUGUUUGGUGUUCACUUUGGCUGGUGUUGCUAUUCAAAACAUAUAAUGCAUCGCCGCUGGAUUUCAUGUUGUUGGAUGACCUUAUCGAUGAACCGGGAAAUGAACCGGAUCAUGAUUUAACGUAUGAUCAGCGACAAAAUGGCACGGAGAACAUUAGAUUGAAUAUUGAUGGUGUUAUCAUUGCAUUCCCAUCGUCGUCGUCGAGUCAGGCUAGUAAUGCGGCAGGAAGUCUCGCGACAAACUAUUUACUCCAAUUGGCAGCAGGGGCUGCUGAUGAUGAUGACGACAGUGAUUAUUUCCCAUUCGUGAAAAAUGCCAACAAUGAAAACGGUGUAACGGCUCCAUCGGCGGCCAGUGAGAAAGAAACGGCCGAACAGGCCAAAGAUAAAAAGAAAAUUACAUCGAUACCAGAGCCAACAAAAGACAACAGUGUGAAGCGUGUAGUGAUUGUUAAAGAAGCUGUGAAAAAUGAAGCCGUAGCAGUGCCACCACAACAUGUCGAUCCAGUUGUUGAUGAACAAUCGAAUUUGGAUGUCGUCCCAGUUAAGAAAAUCCAAUCGCGCCGAAAGAACAAGCACAAACUCCGUUUGGCUGGUCUUUUGGACUUUCUAGAGCGUUACAGAGAACAGAACUGAUUUUACAAUUUUCAUUCCAUAAUAUUAUUAUUCAUUUACUCAUAUAUGCAAACCAUAUUUAUUGCAAAUUUUAUUUCAAAACUGGAAUAUGUCUCUAGUGAAAUGAUCAAUAAAAACAAUUAAUUUGAUCAAAGUU